AUGAAACCUGAGAGUAGGUGUGUGUCUCCUCCCUUUCUAUGCUUCUCACACAAUCUGAAGCUAAAGAGAUGUGCAGGUGCAACUGUCACUUCUCUUGGUUCAAUUGCUCAACCCCCUCCACCCUUCCCUCUUGCUCCUCAUUCACCCCUUCCACACCAAACACGUUCGUGUCUCCUUCCUUUUCCUGUUCUUCCCCAACCCCUUCUCUUUCCCUCCCUUAUCCUCCUCUCUGUUGUGCCCCCUUCUCCCCUCUUCAUCUUUCGCACACUCUUCACUCCCCCUACCCUUGACUUCCUCGCCCCUUUCCCUCCCUCCCUGCAGGGCUUCAUAGAGCGCACCGGCAUGGCUCUGCUUUGCUUGGCAGCCCUCCCCAUUUCCUCCUCGCGUGUUUCUGCCAUCAUUGGAGGGGGGGAUGGGGGGGACAUGGAGAAUCCUGCAUCCCUCCUUCAUGUCCCAUGCCUCCCCACCUUGAACAAUCCUGCUCUUCCCGUCCCUCCCACCCAUUCCUCCCGCUCCUACACACCCUCAGAGUCGUGGCUGCAGAACUUCUACAUCCUCAUGGACGAGGAGAGAGGCGAGGGCUGUCUUCCUGUCUCCCCAUCUUGA